AUGAAGAAAAAAGGCGCUAGGAAGUACAAAUCUUACCGAUUGUGUAGCAAUGCGGCCAAAGACACAUGGCAAAGGCAGAACGCUUGGAUGCUGCACCGGCGAGACGCAAUAACAACUGACAUUAACGACGCCAAGCAUAAAAUUAGCAAUGAAAAUAUACAAAUUCUACAGGCUCUCAAGGGAACCAUAACCUGACCAUAAGUUAUGAAAAGGCUUUGAUUGGAAAAGUCCCGAGAGAACGAUAACUGUCGUUAACAGUUGUAUUGGGUGCUGUAAACAGGGGUAUGCUCAAAAACAAAAAUAAGUGCAGUGAGAAUUGGAACCAGGAGUCUCAUUCCUUGGCCCUUGAUAGUGCGUUGAUCUCCUACUAUGCUUUCGAAAGAUUUGAUCUUUGGUUGGCAAACGCUUCUUUUCACACAGGAAGGGGACAAGGCUGUACUUCUGCAGGGUAUGUAAUUUAUCUUGCUUUCAAGUACCAGAAAACCCACGUAAGUUAG